GUCAAAUCAAUAAGCAACCAACUUCGUAUCAUUCUUUCUGUUUCGCGUCGAAAAAGAUACGGUGGGUUUUUCAUCAUCUUAGCAUAAAAUCUGAAAAAAUACCCGUAAUCGUUGCAUCUUAAAUGAUUCAACAUGACUAUCCGACCAGCAUAUAGACCCAAAAUCGUGAAGAAACGUACAAAACGUUUCAUUCGCCACCAGUCUGACCGAUAUGCUAAGUUGGCGCCAAACUGGCGCAAGCCAAAGGGUAUUGACAACAGAGUUCGUCGCCGUUUCAAGGGUCAAUACUUGAUGCCAAACAUCGGUUACGGUUCCAACAAACGUACCCGUCAUAUGCUACCGACUGGUUUCAAGAAGUUCUUGGUCCACAACGUCAAAGAAUUGGAAGUGCUGAUGAUGCAAAACCGUGUGUACUGCGGCGAGAUCGCACACAAUGUUUCGUCGAAAAAGCGAAAGGAAAUCGUUGAACGUGCUAAGCAAUUGUCCAUUCGUUUGACAAAUCCAAAUGGUCGUUUGAGAUCACAGGAAAAUGAAUAAACGCAAUUGAGAUACACAGAGACAGUGUCCGGGUGUUAAUUUCAUUUCAUUUUUUCGUUGAUUCAAAUAUAACCGAGACGUUCCGAAAGAAGUGAAAA